CCAUUCAUCUCUGUCCAGUCUAUAAUAACUUAAAAUAAAAUAAAUAAAUCAAUAAUAAUAAUGUUAAUAAUAAAGAUCAAUCAAGUGGACCAAUAUGGCAAAGCCAUACUGACCCACUUGGAAAAAUAAAUCCAUUGACCUUCAGACAAUAAUUCUGAUUGCUAAAGUACCGAACGGGACAGAGCAAACAAACAAAAUGGGCUCCACAUUAAAGUUUUAUAAGUGAAAAGUUACUACCUUUAAAUUGUCUUACUCUAGUGCACUCUAGUGGUAAUGAAAGAAACACUCUGGUACUCGACAGGUAGAAUGAAAUUAGACUAACACAGCGUAAACAGUUUCCGAAAUGUCAUUAUGAUUAGUAGUGUAAUAAUAAUAAUGUUAUCUUUUUUUACAGUGAUUUUAAAGAUUUGUGUUCAUUAUUCCUCAGUGUUAAAUGCUGCACUUGGUUUCAAUAUUGAUCCUAUGGCUUGGAAGACCCUGAGUAACUCUGCUGCUGGUUUUGGAUAUCAGGUAGUUCAGAGACAAUCAGAUUUGCUCAUCAGCGCUCCGCUUGAACAGUUUUCACAAAAUGGAAGAGGGAAGAUAUACAGGUGCACAACCUCUCCUCAAAACUGCCAGGAUAUACUAUUUCAAGCACCAGAGUUUGCAGUCAACAUGUCGCUUGGUUUGUCAAUGAAAAGUGAUCCGACAGCACAAAACACUGUGGUGUGUGGUCCAACCAUUCCGAAGGACUGCAGAAGUAUCACCAUGUACAACGGUGUGUGCUUUCAGUUGGAAAGUUUCAAAAGGAUCAGACCACCCAUACCUUCUUCUAUUCAAGAGUGUAGAACACAAGCAGACAUUGCCUUUCUGUUGGAUGGUUCAGGCAGUGUAGAUAAUACUGCUUUUCAAACGAUGAAGGGAUUUGUGAAAGAUCUAAUCGCAUCAUUUCUCUCAAGUGACACACAGUUUUCUGUUUCCCAGUUCUCUACUUCACCACAGGUUCACUUUUACUUUAAGAAAUUUUCCUCAUCUGGAUCAGUGGAGACUGACAUCAAUGACAUCAGUCAACAGGAGGGAGCUACUUACACAGCCAGGGCCAUCAGACAUGUUGUGAACAAUGUUUUCACACCACAAGGAGGUUCCAGACCAAAUGUGAAGAAGGUCUUGAUAGUAAUUACGAAUGGACAAUCUCAUGAUCGGACUGAUCUGGGAGGUGCAGCACAGCUAGCAGAGAGUAAAAACAUUGUUCGAUUUGCUAUUGGGGGAAUUCAGAUGUCUAUUGUUGGUGCAAACCAGUGGAAGGGAGGCUACGUGCAAUACACAACAGGAGGCCAGAAGCUGAAAACAUAUGAGGAUGUGUCUUUGGAGCCUGACAGCUAUCUUGGUUACUCCAUGGCGAUUGCUAAAUCCUGGCAUGGCUCUCUGACAGUUGUUGGUGCUCCAAGAUAUAAACACAGAGGAGUUGUGUUUGCUGUUAACAGAGAAAACUUGAAAAACCAAAAGAUUGAGCCCUUGGCAUCACAGUAUCAGACUGGUGCAUAUUUCGGGGCAGAGGUGUGUACCAUGGACAUAAAUAAUGAUGACAUCACUGAUCUGAUCUUCAUAUCAGCCCCAAUGUACACGGAGCCUGAUAGAGAGGGAAGAGUUUAUGUUUGCAGACUAACUGGUUUGUUUGUGGAGUGUAAUUUUGAUGAUCCGUUAAUACUAAGAGGACAUGCAGCUGUCAAAGGAAGGUUCGGCUCUUCUCUUGCUGUGCUGCCUGAUCUAAACUCAGAUGGAUUCAGGGAUUUGGCAGUUGGAGCACCUUUGGAGAAUAAUGGUGAAGGCAGCAUCUACAUAUUCCACAGUGGAGGAGGAAGAAUCAGUCCUACUUACUCACAGAGAAUUACUGGCUCUGAGGUCCAGUCAGGACUGAAGUUCUUUGGCCUGUCAAUCAGUCAGUCGUCUUUUGACCAGAGUGGUGAUGAACUGCCUGACUUAGCGGUGGGUUCAAAGGGUAGAGUUGCCUUACUGAGGUCAUUAAACUUAAGAUUUUGUUUAAUUAAUUUUACUUUUAAGACUCCUCCAACAUUGAACCUAAACCUCUUCUUGCAGGCUUGCCCCGAAGACGCUCUCAACCAACUUUCCAAUGAGCUCAAAUUCACGUUUGAUGGUUCGGCCUCAAACACCAACCUCAGACCAAGUCUUGCCCCGCAGGCCCAAACAACAACCAUUCAUCCUUUAAAUUUUGAGAUCAACUGCGGCACUGAUAACAAAUGCGUUGAUAACCUGAAAGUGGAUUUCAACUUCACCAGAUCCUCAGAGGUUAAAGUGGGUAUUGAAGAGCUUUUGAAUGUCACAGUCACAGUGGAGAACAGAGGAGAAAACUCCUACAACAGUCGUGUUAUUCUCACGUACCCAGCUGGACUCUCCUACAGGAAGUUUACGAUUCAGCAGGGACGAAUUGAGUGCAACUCCUUGGACAGUGAAGAUGGUUUAUCACGAGGAAGGACAGACUGCACUAUUGACAAGCCAAUUUUCAAGAGCAAAACUAAGGCUUUCUUCAUUGUCUCCUAUGGGAUUGACACCAACAGUCGACUUGCGAGAAAGAUCUUUGUCACUGCAAAUGCCACCAGUGGAAAUCAGGAGCAUGCACCUACAAGUGAACUCUACAAAAAUAAAUCGAUUGAUGUAAAAUACAGCAUUUUUAUGACAUUUGAAAGCUCACUCAGCUAUAACAAUUUCACAUUUGGGAAGAACGACUUGAAGAAACCAGUCCAACAGUCCGUUAAGGUCACAAAUGAUAUCAGAGCACUUAAUUUCACUGUGGUGAUCAGGGUUCCAGUGAGGCUUGGUGAAAAAGACAUUUGGGUGGAUUUGAGCAGCCUACAGAUUCCAGACUGUCAGAAAAGAAAUGACGAAGAACCAAGUGUCAGAGAUUUUGUUCCAAAGAUACAAAAGGAUAAAGUGGUGGACUGCUCUGUAGCCAUGUGCAGAGUGUUCAAGUGCAACACGUUCCUGGAAAGACUGCAGAGUACGACGUAUAAAAUCUCUGCCAACAUUAGUUCACGAUGGAUACAGCAGAUUGGACUUCAAUCUGCUAAAUACCUCUUGACCAGCACAGCCAGUCUGGAGUACGACAAAACCCAGUACAUCUACUUUUCAACAGGGUCUGACAUCAAUUCUCCUGUUCGCAAGAUUGAGGCAGAGGUAGAAGUUUACCCUGAGCCAGAUUUCACCAAAGAGAUCGUUGGAGGAUGUCUGGGAGGGUUGGCUUUUCUGGCCUUACUCACAGCUGGCCUGUAUAAGGCUGGAUUCUUCAAGAGCAAAUACAAACAGAUGAUAAAUGAAAAUGCUGCAGAUGGUCCGAGUCCUGGGACUGAUGCAGGCGCAACCCUACCAGAGUAAAAAAGAUCACAUAUGUAGUUGUACAUUUAAUUUAUAUGAAAUCUAUAGACCCUCCGGAUAGUUUUAGGAGUGAACAUGGUACGUAGUAAUGUCCAUUCUACUACAUUUGAUUGAUCGAACAAAAACAGCUUGCUGUGUCUAAUAUCACUCAUUCAGUUUCCUCACUGGUGGUCAAGACAUUGAAAACAGGGUCACAAUACUAUAUUUUUGAGGAAUCUUUCUGCUCACCUUUCAAUUUAAAUUACUGCAAACAUUGUACAGUGAAACUAAUUGUCAUGCCAUUAUGUACUGUAAAACUUUUCAAAUUCAAUAGAUAUAGUUAAGAAACACUUUGCUUGCUUUAAAAAAACAAAACAAAACAAAAAAACAAACUGAACUUGUGAAAUGUGACUUGCUUUGUUGAGAAAGAAUGGACAGGGUAUGCAAUGUUUUAGCUCUGUGAUGUGACUUUGCAUAAAAAGUAUUUCUCA